AUGCCGCUCUGCCUCACCUUCAUCGACUUGAAGAAGACUUUUGACUCAGUUGAGACGGAAGCAGUCCUGAAAGCCUUGGACAACCAAGGCAUCCCUACUCAUGCCGCUGUCGAGAACGCGAUGCGAGGAUUGGAAUGGGAUGACACGGGAGUACAGCAACUUCACGAAUUUCGCCAUUCUACAAGAAUGUCAUCAUUGACGUGA